UCAUCACCGAGGUGAGGGUUUCAUCUGCCCCCCACAACCCCUCUCCCCUCUCUCUCUCUCUUCCGGCCAUUUUUUCCGGCCUUUCUCCCUCUAAAGUUUCUCCUUUUUCCGGCGAAAUUUUCCGGCGACCUAAUCUGAUUCGGGCCGAAUCCCCGAGACAACCCUAAUUCUGGCCAUCUCUCUCUAAGUCCUCUGGUUGUCUCUCUCUCUCCCCAAAAUCCGCCUCUUGGAUCUCUCUAUGCUCGGCAACCGAAUGCCACCCUGAUCCAGAGCUCUGCGUUUAUGGCUUCUGCUCUUUUGGCAAGCCAGAAUGAGUCCACUUAUUGGGGGGACCGCAAGGUUUAUAUGAGGAAAGCCCCAAACCCUAAGCAAACCUUAACCCUAGAUUCUCACCCCCACCAUCAUAACCUCGAGCUCCCCCCUCAUGGCAAUGAACCUGUACUGACAACCCUAGCCGCCUCCUCUGAUUCCUCCUCUCUUAAUCGAAAAUCCAUUAGCCUCAAUAGAAAGGAACCCCAAUUACAGGCCUCUGCAAAAUUUUCAGACCACUACAUCACCUACAAUGUUGGUUCUUACUCUAAACAAGACCUAAGGGACCUAAGAAAACGCCUCGUUUUAGAGCUAGAACAGGUCAGAACUCUAGCAAAUCGGAUCGAGUCUCGUUCUCUUUGGGAACCAGAGACCCCUGGUUCUGGUCGCCCACCUCCGUUGAACCUCCAAGCCUUAGAUUUACAGGCUGAUGGCCCAAAAGAGAAGAGAACUCCUAAAGCAAACCAGUAUUAUAGAGCAUCUGAGUUUGUUAUGGGGAAAGAGAAGAUGCCCGCACAAGAGAACAAGAAGGUUUUUGGUGGAUCCAAGAGGCCAAAUCCAGUAACAAAGGUUUCUGAAUCUGGUAAAAGAAUGGCAAUUUCUCCUGAUCCAGUUACUGGAAAAUUGGUCUCAGAUUUCAUGAAGAGGUGCGGCCAAAUUCUGACCAAGCUCAUGAAGCAUAAGCAUGGAUGGGUCUUUAAUGUCCCUGUUGAUGUAGUGGGAAUGGGGUUACAUGAUUACUAUACGCUAAUCAAGAACCCCAUGGAUCUUGGCACUGUGAAAACUAGGUUAAACCAGAGCUUUUAUUCAACCCCACUUGAAUUUGCAGCUGAUGUGAGGCUCACCUUCCACAAUGCCCUAACAUAUAAUCCCAAGGGCCAUGAUGUGAACAUAAUGGCUGAGCAGCUUCUAGGGUUUUUCGAAGAGAUGUGGAACCCUGCUUUUAAUAGGUAUGAGGAGGAGAGGCGAAGGGCUGUUGAGGAGGCUCGCCGGAAUUCCUUUUCUGGUGAGUUUCCUGUACGAAAAUCAGCAGCUUUGCCAGAAAUUGCAAUGCCAGUAGAGAAGAGGCAACCCCAAAGCUCAAAGAAGCUGGAUCCAUGGAUGCCACCCACUAGUGUGAAGACCAAAGGAGGGGGGAACCUAGUUGGGAUUAGACCUGUUCAGCUUGGAAAGCAGCCCAAGCCGAAAGCAAGAGACCCAAACAAAAGAGAGAUGAGUUUUGAGGAGAAACAGAAGCUUAGCACAAGUUUGCAGAAUUUGCCUCAAGAGAAGAUGGACCAGGUUGUUCAGAUCAUAAGGAGGAGGAAUUCGAAUCUUGCUCAAGAUGGGGAUGAGAUUGAGGUUGAUAUUGAUGUUGUUGACACAGAGACCUUAUGGGAGCUUGAUAGGUUUGUUAGCAAUUGUAAAAAGAUGAUGAGUAAGGUCAAGAGGAAGGCGGGCCUGGAGGAUCAGGCGAUGCUGGUGCAGCAAGUUAACCAGGGUACAUCCGUGGAUGUUGAAAAGUCUCCAGUUCAUGACACCCCUGAAGCUGCAGCUGCAAAGAAGAGCAAGAAAGGGGACCAAGCCGAAGAAGAUGUGGACAUUGGCGAUGACAUGCCAUCAACAAACUUCCCACCAGUUGAAAUUGAGAAGGAUGUGGGCUAUGGAAGCAGAUCAAGCAGCUCGAGCAGCUCAAGUAGUGAUUCUUCUUCGUCAAGUGACUCGGACUCUAGUUCAUCAGGGAGUGAUUCAGAUGAGGCGCAAUCUCCCUUUAUUGGUUCCAAGCCAUCUCCUGCGAGGUGACACACCAUGAAAAGAAAAGAUGGCAAAGAGCAAAAAUGCGUUGAUCAGAGCCAACUUAAGCAGGACUAUUUGAAUCAGAUUUUGCUGAUUGAGAAAUGUUUGUGGAGAAGGGUUAUCUAUCUACCUGAGGGGUUUUUUGUAACAUAAGAUACUUUCAUGUGUAAAGGAGAGAGAGAUACCACGAGGCCCUCAUUGUGCAGAAGAUAAAAGAGUAGGGAGAAGGAGAGAGGGCAGAUGGCUAAAUGAUUCUCAAGUGAUUGACCUUUUUUUUUUCUUUUCUUGUUCCUCUUUUUCAUAGGGGGGGCGGGGAAUUUUUGAACAUCUGGUGUAUCAUAUGCUUCACCCACAAAAAAUAUUAACAUUUUGGUCAUUAUCCACUUGUCUCAA